UAGGUGCAAUUUUCGAUAUGCAUCGCGAUCGUCGAGUUGUUACAGAUCAGGAUCGCAAAAAGGAAAAGCCCAAGGUUUGAGCCAGUUGUAACGAAUGAUUAACUAGUAGAAUCAUGCAGGGCGUAUUAAAGAGUGGAGCCUUGCAUAGAUGGCAUCAUGCUGUCCAAUGGAAAACCAUGCUUGGUAGUAGUAGACACAGGCAGCUGAACCUCUCAACAGUCAGACACAAAACAAGAGCCGUUAUAUUUGACCUGGGUGGGGUGUUAGUACCUAAGCCAUACCCAAUAUUUGCAGAUUAUGAAAGAAUGAAGGGUGUACCCAUAGGGACUGUGAAGGACCUGAUUGUAGCAGCAGGACAAAAAGGUUCUUUCAGACAGCUAGAAAGAGGCCACAUUUCAGCAGAAAGGUUUGGACCAGCAUUUACAAAAGAAGGCAAAGAAAUCCUGGGCAUAGACUGUGACUUUGGUGAUUUUCUUCAAUUCUUUGAAUCUCACAUCUCAGAGCCAUUUCCUGAGAUGGUUGAUGCAGUGCAGUGUGUACGAAGUGAAGGCCUCAAGACAGCCAUCUUGUCCAACUUCUGGCGUUAUGAGGGCCAGCAGCUUGCCCCUCUACCUAUAAAUCGCAGCUUGUUUGAUGUGAUAAUAGAGUCUUGUUGUGUAGGCUAUGCCAAGCCUGAUCCUGAGAUCUACACAAUGUGCCUGGAGAACCUAAGAUUAACACCAGAAGAAGUCAUUUUCUUAGAUGAUCUCAAAGACAAUAUCAAAGGAGCUAAAGAUUUGGGAAUCCCUGCAAUUGAGGUGCAUAACACUAAGCAAGCCCUAGAGGAUCUCGAACAACAUCUACAGCUACCCGUCCAGGGGUACCGACCUGGUACCAAAUCAGUCCGCAAAGGAAUGGAACUCAAUGAAGAUAAUCUAAAAAACUAUCUUACAUCACUAGGAGUAGGGUCAUCACAAGAUAGCAUCUCGAUACGAGAAUUCAAACAUGGACAAUCAAAUCCAACUUACUUUGUGAAGUUUGGUGAGAGAGAUCUUGUGCUCCGGAAGAAACCUCCAGGGAAGCUGCUACCAAUGGCUCAUAUGGUGGAGAGGGAGUAUGAGGUGAUGAAAGCAUUAGGAGGAGCAGGAGUUCCUGUACCUCCACUACUAGGACUCUGUCAAGAUGAUAGCGUCAUUGGUACUCCCUUCUAUGUGAUGGAAUACGUAGCCGGGAGAGUGUUUGAAGACCCUACCCUACCAGACAUGGAGGCAACUGAAAGACAAGACAUCUAUAAAGCCAUGGUAGAUGUACUAUGUAAGAUACAUGAUGUUGACGUGACAGAGGUGGGACUACAGAACUAUGGCAAGCAUGGUCAAUAUGUUGCCAGACAGGUGAAGACAUGGUCUAAGCAGUACAUUGCAAGUAAAACUCACGAGAUCGAAUCUAUGAAUAAACUAAUGGAAUGGCUCCCGGAAAAUGCUCCAAAGACAGAUGAGACGACGGUUGUUCAUGGGGAUUUCAGGUUAGAUAAUUUGAUAUUUCAUCCAGACAAGCCAGAAGUCUUAGCCAUCUUGGAUUGGGAACUCUCAACUCUUGGUGAUCCUUUCUCAGACCUUGCCUAUAGCUGUAUACCAUACUUCAUGCCAGAUUCCUUUUUGUUGAAAGGUUUCAAAGGAUUAGAUCUUGAUGCAUUAGGUAUACCUUCUUUAGAUGACCUUUCAGCUUUGUAUUAUGACAAGAGGGGUCUCAAACCAAUAGACAAUCUUCAGUUUUACAUGGCUUUCAGUUACUUCCGGAUCGCAGCUAUUCUUCAGGGAGUCUACAAACGCUCCUUACAAGGUCAGUCUACAUCCAGCAAAUCUAAAUCCAUGGGAGAACUAGCUGUUCAUAUAGCUGAUUUGGGUUGGUCACUGGCUAGUCAACCUCAGGGUAUGAAAGGAAGCGGAAGCAUGUCCUCAAGAAGCUUUUCUACCAUGGCUGCAGCUCAUCUAGCCGUACCUCGUAGACAUUACUCACAGUCAACGGGACAAUCAGGUGGAUUUGCCUACACACCUUCGGCGUUGUCAGAGAGAGUGCAGGAACUUCAUAGUAAGCUGCUGAACUUCAUGGAUGAACAUAUCUAUCCUGCAGAGAAAGAAAUGGAAGAAUACUAUCUACAUGCUAAUCACUGGGAGUCACAUCCUCUUAUGGAACAGCUGAAGAGCAAAGCUAAAUCAGAAGGCUUAUGGAACCUGUUUCUUCCGAUUGAGUCUGACCCAGAUGUGAAAUUUGGAGCUGGUUUAACAAGUCUAGAGUAUGCUCAUCUAUGUGAGAUCAUGGGAAGGAGUCUGUAUGCACCAGAGAUCUUUAACUGCAGUGCACCUGAUACUGGUAACAUGGAGGUCCUUGCUAGAUACGGUACAGAGGAACAGAAGGAACGAUGGUUGAAACCUCUAUUAGCUGGUGAGAUUAGAUCAUGCUUUGGGAUGACAGAACCACAUGUUGCCUCUUCGGAUGCCACCAACAUAUCAGCUCAAAUCGAUGUUGACGGGGAUGAACUGGUCCUCAACGGACGCAAAUGGUGGACGUCUGGAGCCAUGAAUCCUCGCUGUAAGGUCUGCAUCUUCAUGGGGAAGUCUGACACGUCAGCCAGCCGUCACAAACAGCAGUCCAUGGUACUGGUUCCUAUGGAUGCACCUGGAGUGACGAAAGUACGGCCCUUGUCAGUGUUUGGGUUCUACGAUAGGCCUGAAGGUCAUGCUGAAGUAGUCUUUGACAAUGUUCGCAUUCCUGCAGGCAACAUGAUCUUGGGAGCAGGGAGAGGAUUUGAAAUAGCACAGGGUCGUCUUGGACCAGGUCGUAUACAUCAUUGUAUGAGAUUAAUUGGAAUGGCGGAAAGAUCACUAGAACUCAUGACUCAAAGGGUAUUGAAUCGAGUAGCGUUUGGUAAAACUCUGGCUGAGCAGGGUGUAAUCCAACAAGAUAUAGCUGACUCAAGGAUAGAGAUUGAACAAGCUAGACUUCUCACUCUCAAAGCAGCUCAUAUGAUGGAUACUGUGGGAAAUAAGCGUGCUGCAGCUGAAAUUGCCAUGAUCAAAGUGGUGGCACCCAACAUGGCUCUGAGGGUAGUAGAUCGGGCGAUGCAAGCACAUGGUGGAGCUAGUGUUUGCUCAGACUUCCCCUUCUCACAUUUCUACGCUGGAGGUCGUUCCUUGAGGAUUGCUGAUGGUCCAGACGAGGUUCAUCGUCAAGCUAUUGCAAGGAUAGAACUGAAGAAGGCUAGGACUACCUAGUUUUUAGAAUCGGGCUAUGUUUAAAGUAUGCACUAUCCAGUCUGAGGCUAGAACUACGUUGUCUUAGGCUGGUACUAUCUAGAUAGGACUACCUAGUCUUGGGCUAGGACUAUGCAGUCUUGGGUGUGGACUACCUAGUCUUUUGCUAGGUAGAUGUGGUUUAAGACUAGGACUAUGUAGUCUCCGACUGGUACUAUCUACAUGGAGUGUCCUUUACAACCAUCAUCUGAAAUACAAACUAAUCAUGCAAUAAAAAAUGAAUGUUGAUAAUGUUUGUAGUAAUUGUUAUUCAAUCUGAAUCAAAGUGAUGUAAAGUAUAGAAUAUUUGGCUGACUAGUCAUUUAUGUGAUCUUGGUUGAAUUCAGUAACUGUUUUGAAUUGCAAUUAUCUCAUUACAUAUCUGAUAAUACAAAAGGCAUGAUUGAUGUUUAUUUGAUGUAUGCACUCUGUCAUAUUUUUGUCAUCGUUUGCAAGUCCACCAUCACAA